UGUUCCUUUAACGAUGCGGUGAUCAUAGAAUAUGCAAAGAUGGACGUUCAAUUGGGAAGGAAACCAAUGAACGUCCAACUUAAUUGGAUACCUGGUCGUCCUGAGCUGGAGAAUGAGAACCUCCUCUCAGCCUUCGGCAUUAGCUUGGCUAUCGAUCGGAGUAAGAGUUGCCGAGUUUCUUCCUUUCCUUUUCUAUAGUACGUUUGACUGUUGCUAACUCAUGCUUCUACAGGGAUAGCCAAGCAAAAUCUUCGAGCCAAGAGUCCUGAACUAAUGAAGAAAUUCAGCGUUCUGAGACUUGCUUCAGGGGCCAUCCAGCGGGCCGAGGAUAAGCCUCUUCCCCUUCCUCCAAAGGACUCGGCAACCGUGGAGAAGGGUCUGGAGGACGUGCCUUCGGAGCAAGAGGCUCUCCGACUUCUUGAAGAAAGAAAGCAGGUUCAUAUCCCCGAUGAAUCUGAGAGGGUGGUUCCUCCUCAGACGAGGGGUGCGACAAAAAAGAGUGGGAAGAAGAAGAGGAAGCGGGAUUCUUCUUCCCACAAGGAGAAGUCGGCAAAGAGGCCCUCCGGGGGCGCGGUCCCUACCGCCCGUCCCCUCCAAAUAAGGCCAGUUGAAGAGGAGACCUCGCCCCUUCAAGACUCUCCACGGCCAUCUUCAGAUAAAGGGAAGGAGAAAAUGGGGGAAUCUUCCGCGGCUCCCUCCUCUCAAUAUGCCGAGGUUUACCGUCGCCGGGAGGUUUCCCCUUUUCGACGCGACACACCCUUUCCGGAGCUGGGGCAUAAGGGCUUAGUAGUCCGCUUUAACAGGGCGACGUCCAACUUAAUCAGCAAAGUGGACGUCGACCUUUUAGAAUCUAUGCCCCCCCGUGAUAGGGUGCGUCAAGCACAAGCUUCGGCGGCGGAGGCGUUCAUACGGUUGGCCUUUGAGCUCGACGCCAACCGUCAAAGUGCCGCGGACCAGGAAACCAUGGCCGCCCUUACCUCCCGCUGCGAAGAGCUGAACGAAGAAUUAACAAAACUGCGGGAGGACCUGCCGAGCCUCAAAGAAAAACUGGCCAAGUGCUCUGAGCUGAAAGAACGCUUGGUCAGAACCGAACAAUGGCGGGAAAGGGCGAGGAAGCAGCUGGAUCAGAUCGUUGAGAACUUGGAUGCUGCUUCCACCAGGUCCGCGAGCAUCAGCCAUGAGGUCGACUUGCUGAUGGAUACUCAUGCCAAGCUCGUUCAUCAGAACCAGCAACUAAUGCAGCAAGUGUCGGCCGAUUCUUCCCAUUUCAAAAUGAUUCUAUCCGCGGCUAAAGUAUACAAAUUGUGCCUAACCAGGAAGGCCCGGAUAGCUCGAGAUUGGCUUCUCUCGGAUGAGCCGGAAGCGUCGAAGUUUCUCGGAGAUCUGACGGCCGAGAUGGUGAAGGCCGGAACCAUGAUUAGUGACGAGAAGUAUCGUCUGGCUGCCGCAGAGUUGGGCAUGGAUUUUACUUCCCUUCAGCAAACUGCUGAACAAAAGGGGAGUGAAGCUUUGUCCAACCUUGCUCCUGUCUUGGACGGGGAGUCGGCGGUACUGGUCGACACGGUCUGGGACGCGGCCGAAAAGAGGGCCUGGUCUGAAAAGAUAAAUGCCGAGGCUGAGAGGGAGGCUUUAAGUCUCGACUUGGAGCAGCUGGCUCUCUCUUCUCCUCCGGCGUCAGAUGUCCCAGAGAACUUGACGCUCUCCAACCUGGAGGUUCUAUGCCUUGAUCUAUCGAAUCUCAUUAUUGACGAAGGCCGGAACCUCCAGAGCUUGUCCCGGGAGUUGUCUGAGAUCGGGGUGGAGCCGUUCAAUGUUGAAGAUUAUGUCAGCUUCACCCCGAGUUUUGAAGAGGGAAGGAUCGAAUCUCCUCCGCCGCCGGGUGAAGAUGUCGAGGCCUUUUUUGACGAUGUAUAA